AUGACGAACUGUGAAACUAUUGCGCGUUUUCGAAAAACUGGCAGAAUCAUUGCCGGAAUCUCUAUACGUCUCACCUGGCGGCUUUUCUUCCAUCCAUUGAGCAAAUUUCCGGGUCCCAGAUUGGCGGCUAUAUCGAAUUUGCCGUACAUCAAAUGGUCGCUUACUGGUGAGCUCCAUUUAAAAAUCAAGGAGCUUCACGACCACUAUGGCGAUGUGAUUAGAAUCCGUCCGAAUGCCUUGACAUACCGGGACGCUCAGGCCUGGACAGAUAUCUAUUCCCAUCGCAAGUCUGGAGCACCUUCAUUUGCCAAAGACCCCCAGUUUUACAUUCCUUCCUCCAGCGGGGGUGCUGCCAACCUUAUCAAUUCGAGCGACGCGGACCACAGUGGCCAGAAGCGGCUUUUGACGCAUGCGUUCUCGGUACGAUCGCUACAAGAGCAGGAACAGCUGAUUGUCGGAUACAUUGACCUCUUCAUUCAGCGAUUGGGAAGAUAUACCACCACGGAAGGAGAGAGCGAGGCCUUGGACCUAGUCCAUUGGCUUAACUUCCUCACAUUCGAUAUCAUUGGAGACCUUGCUUUUGGCGAGCCUUUCGGCUGUCUCGAGAAUUCCGAACACCAUCCAUGGGUUGCCACAAUGUUUAAGAGCAUCAAGACGGGAGCAUUCCUCCGAGCCCUGUCAAUAUAUCCUUUGGUCGCUAUGUUCAUUCGACAGGCUAUGCCUAAGAGCUUGAUUCGAAAGCGCCUGGAGCAUUAUCAACUCAGCAAAGAGCGCGUUGACCGACGAUUGGCGACCUCUACAUCCCGACCAGACUUCAUCUCUUACAUUUUGCGUUACAAUGAUGAACGCGGAAUGGAAACCUCUGAGAUUCAAACCAAUGCGGCGCUGUUAAUUCAAGCUGGUAGUGAGACGACUGCGACGGCAUUAGCUGCGUGCAAUUUCUAUCUCCAAAAACACCCAACUUACUACGCCCAGCUCGUUGAGGAAGUCCGCUCAUCUUUUAACUCAGAGAAAGAGAUCAACUUUCUGUCCGUCGCUCGAUUGCCUUUUUUGAAUGCCGUUAUUGAGGAAGGCUUGCGGAUGUAUCCUCCAUCGCCAGCUAUUGGUCCUCGGGUAGUCCCAGAGGGGGGAGCAAUGGUAUGCGGGCAGCAUUUGCCAGAGAAGACCUCUGUAUCAGUCGCCCAUUAUUCCGCCUUUCGUGGCUCGUGUAAUUUUGCGAAGCCUGAUUCAUUCCUGCCUCAACGGUGGCUUCAAGACACGGGAGAUACGCAGUUCAAAAACGACAAACGCGAAGCUCUUCAGCCUUUUUCAAUGGGCCCAAGGGCCUCCUCGCCUAUGCAGAAAUGCGUCUCAUUCUUUGCAAAUUGUUUUGGAAUUUUGACAUCAGUCUUGAUCCCCGUGUCGUUGACUGGGAUAAAGCUAAAAGCUACAUCGUUUGGGAAAAUCAGCCGUUGUGGGUGCAUCUGCACCGGGCGGAUUUCUCGAAAAUUCGGGGCCGUUGAAGUCAGCCGUUGGGUAGCUAGACAAAUACCCCAAGAAUAUGAUAGUUUGGAUAACGAUAGAUAA